AUGUCGCCCAAGACACCAUUCGCCAUCACCUACAAGAAGCCUGGAACUGCACCUCCAGUUUUCCUUGCAGGCUCCUUCUCCGAUCCGCAAUGGCAACUCCAAGAGAUGGGAUAUACAACUGACCAAGAUGGCGAGCACACAUUCCAGUCUGAAGUUAUGCUCGAACCCCAACAGGACUACCAAUUCAAGCUUCGUAUAGGCCAUGAUAAUUGGUGGGUUCUGGCUGAGAACUAUCCCACAGCAACCGAUGACUCCGGCAAUGAGAACAAUGUCGUACGCGUAGAGACACCGGCAGAAGAACACAUUUCUCCGGCAGGCAUUGAUACACCGGCGAUCAAGCUGAACCCAGCUACACAGACAAGUGGAGCACCUUUGGAAGCGAACAGUACCGAUGAGACCAGUGAAGACACUAAAGCGCCUCUAUUUGCACACGAAUCGCCAGGUGCCGAUGCUGAUGAAGACUUCGAAGACGAUACAGAAGAAAACAAGAUACCCUUAUUCGCGCACGAAUCUAUGGGUAACGAUGCCAAGGACGACGGCCCAGAGGAUUUUAAGACGCCCCUCUUUGCCCAUGAAUCGCUUGCCGACGAUUCUAAAGAUGAAUCUGAAGAAAUGAAAAUGCCGUUGUUUGCUCAUGAGUGCUUGGGUGCUUAUGAUUUCGGAGAAGGCGCAGAACCCGACAAUACUACAGUCACAAACAAUAGCCCAGGACGGACUUCGAAAGUCAAAACGAUGCGCGACAAGGCGGCCGAAGUCGACGUUAACGAUCCGACCCUCGAAAGCUUUCCCUCCGACCGAGGGUCGAUUUUCGGUGCCAUCCGCUCCAUCCAAACCCAUCUCGGAGAAGAUCAGACUCACCUCGAGGACAUCCCCUCGUCACCUCGUGUAAUCUCGUCUCGAAGAACCAGCCUGGAUUCUAGCGAUGACUUGUGCUUGUCCCCUGCGUCUUUUAGUCCUACCAUUACCAGAAGACGUGAUAGCAGGCCUUCUCACAGCUUCGGUAGAACGCGCUCGGCAGUAUCUCUAGGAUCGAUAGAAGAGGAGCCUAAACCUCCUACCAAUAGACAACCGCAGGGCCCUCCUAUUGUGUCUCUACCGAAUCCCAACUCGAGAGACAAAGUUUUUGGGCAAAAGUCGCCCCCUAGCGAGGAGGACGAAGCUGUUGUCAUGAAGACCUCUGAGGUAAAGCCCGUCGCAAAGACCAAUGGCGAGUCACCAUCUCAAUCUGAAAGUCCUGUGGCCCAGAAUACCCAGCACGAAAAAGCACCCAGCGCCAUUACAACCGAACAGAUCUCGAACGAUACGCAACCCGAAGCGGUCGAUGGGCGAACCGAUAAUAUCCCAGCCGUUCCCAAAUCCGUGGAUCAUAAAGUGUCCAUUGCCUCUGAAUCAGGGCCUGCCCAACUACUGCAAGACACCCAGUCAACAUCGGAUUCCAAGAGCGAGAAAACGGUAAAAAAGAAAGCGGCAUCAGGAGAAUCGUCCCAACCCCCUCGCGGGAGCGUAGUGCCCAUGAUUAUCACGACGGGGGCACUCGUAGUCGCUAUCGGGAUAGGCUGGUGGCAGGCUGCUGAUCACUAG